CUAUAUAACCUGAAGAAGAAGCUGCAGUGUCGCUCCUCCGCCGCUGGGGGUCAGUGCGUGGCGCUCGCGCGGCUCGACUUCCGGUCUGGCUCUUUUUCUUUCUCUUCCGCUCUCCGGAUCAUCAUGGGCCGCGUCAGGACCAAGACGGUGAAGAAGGCCGCUCGGGUCAUCAUCGAGAAGUACUACACCCGGCUGGGUAACGACUUCCACACCAACAAGCGUGUGUGCGAGGAGAUCGCCAUCAUCCCCAGCAAGAAGCUGCGCAACAAGAUCGCCGGGUACGUCACACACCUGAUGAAGCGCAUCCAGAGAGGUCCAGUCAGAGGAAUCUCCAUCAAGCUGCAGGAGGAGGAGCGCGAGCGCAGAGACAACUACGUGCCCGAGGUGCGUCUCUCCGUCUCUCUGUCUCUCUCUCCGUCUGUGGAACACGACACUAACUAA